AUGACCUUCCGGACGAGCUUCUCAUUGCCGCCCUCCAAGCGCCUCUCCUCUCGCCAGUCCGACGACGAGGCUCUGUGGGCCACCGUGCGACCUACCCCAAGGUUCAUUCGCGAAAAUGCAGACGAGCCAAGUUACCAGCAAAGCGAUACCAUGUUUCCGAAUCCUCCUCUUCCUCCAGCGUUCGCCGACGCCGCGUACAAUCUUCUCCUUGCGUCGAUCUGCCGCCGCUGGCGUCGCCUAGCGCAGCGCCACGUGUCCACGCUCCUCAUCAAGGAGAACCGCGCCGUUUCCCGCGACGAUCUCGGCGCGGCGGUGGCGUGCUUCCCGCGCCUCACGCACCUGCAUCUCAGCGACGGCAGCGCGCAGCCCAUCGACGACGCCUUCCUCGCUCGCCUCGCCGCGUGCUGCCCCAAGCUCACGGCGUUCCACCUGGGGAGGGCCAUCGUGCAGAACCACGAGUACGAUCCGCCGGGAGAGACCUUGCUCACGCCGGCCGGCUUCGACGUGUUCUUCCGCGAAUGCACGCAGCUGGAGCACCUGUCGAUCUCCUGCCUGCAUUGCGAGUUCGGGUUACCAGCUUCGCUCUUCCAGCUCGUGCAUCUCCGAUCCCUCGCGCUGGCCGAUCUGUCCGCAGUAACCACUCCAGAAGUGAAGAGCUUGAGCGCCCUCGAGGCGAUGGCCAUCGACACGGCGGUGUGGGACUACGACGACCUCGAGCCGCUAGCGCACCUGCCGCGCCUCACGUCCCUCUCCGUGCUGCACGAAGUCUCCAUUUUUCCUGGCACCUUUCGCUCUCGUCGCUUCUCCUUCGCGCGCCUAUCGUCGCUCAAGUCGUUGGAUCUAGGAUCCAGCCCCUCUCCACCGUUCGAUGAGAUGUUCCCCUCAGAGUCCCCAUCAGAGUCCCCCUCAGAGUCCCCGUGCAGCGUGCUGGAGCGCGUGGCGCUGUACCAGUGCGACGAGCUUCAGAAUCUCCCCCACGACAUCGCCGAGCGCCUGCCGUGUCUGCGCGAGCUGAGCAUCAGCGCGUGCGACACUUUGCUGGAGCAGCCCGACGCGGUCACGUCGCUCACCGGGCUGCGCUCCUUGACGCUCGCCAGGUGCCCAUUCGUGGGCCUGCCAGAGCACUUGGGAGAGUUGCCUCUUUUGACAAGGCUCGUGCUGCACAGGCUCAACAUCGCCUUCCCUGCCUCGUGCAGCCAGCUCAAGGCCCUCGAGACACUGGCAGUCACAGAGUGCGAGACCCUGGACGAGCUACCGCACCCGCUCGCCGCCCUCACCGCGCUCAACACCCUGUGCCUCGCUGGUUCACCCUUGGUGGUUCUCCCUGACGACAUGGGAGGGCUCACCAACCUGCACACCCUCUUCCUCCAGUCGUACCGGGCGCGGGAAACCCUUCCUCCCUCCUUCACGCACCUGGCGUCGCUCGCGCGGCUGGAGCUGCACGAGUGCGAGCUGGUCGAGCUGCCACACGCCAUAGGCGAGCUGAGGCGCCUGCGCGAGCUGUACAUCGAGUCGUGCCCGCGCAUGCAGACACUCCCAGAGUCCGUGACAGCGCUGCUGAACCUGCAAGUGCUCGUGGUGGACCAGUGCAGCAGCCUCUUCUCCGUGCCCAGGAGUCUGCUCAAUCUGGCGAGGUUGAAGCAGCUGGAGCUGACCACGUGUGGCAAGCUGAGGCGAGCUCCUGAGUUCUUGCCGGGAUCGCUGGAGAUCCUAUGCUUGGGGAGUGGAGCCCAGCAGGUCAUGCAUCUGCCGGGUGCCUACUCUCUCCCACGCCUCAAGCGUGCUCGGUUGAACAUGGUCAUCCUUCCACUCGCACUGUCCAGCAGCCUUGCUGCAUUGGAGCACUUGCAUGUGGUGUUGGCGUGUGAGGAGGAGUUCCCAUUCGCGUUGGCGGACCUCCCUUGCCUGCGCGCCCUCACACUCAUCACCACCGGUGUCAUGCAGCUCCCACACUUCUCCACCUCAACGUUGCAGGAGGUGCGGCAGCUGGAAUUGCUCUUGCCUGAGCUGACGGGGAUCCCAGCCACCAUCGCAGCGCUCCACAAGCUCACCUACCUCGAGAUCAACGCCCCCAAGCUGCCUUCCCUGCCCGAUUCCAUCGGGACACUGUCCCAACUAGGCAAGCUGAUUCUCUCCAACAGCCCAGCGCUCACGCAUCUCCCUGCCACCCUCACGCAGCUGGCCUGCCUGCGCGAGCUGCGUGUGCACAGGGCCGCCAUCACAUGCCUUCCUCCCAACUUCGCUCGCCUCACCCGCCUGCAGAAGCUCGACUUGGAGGGGUGCAAGCAGCUGGAGGCGCUGCCUGGCGAUCUGGCCGAGCUGAAGCUGCUGGACUGCUUGAUCUCUGGCGGCUGUGACAAACUGCACGACAGUGAGUGCAAGAUUCGUCUCUCUGGUGGAGGUGCUUCGUGCCGCAAGCUCCACUCGAUCCAUGCUCUUGCUGCACUGCACUUUAACCACCCAGUGCUCGCCUCCCCUCCCUCCAUGCCACCAUCACCCACUCCACUGCUGCUCUCACCUGCUGCUCACACGCCCAUGCCUCACCAUGCCCCACAAACAUGCGCUUGCUCAACUGCCCCCUCUCUCAACUCACUCCGACCUCCCUGCUCGUUUAUUCCUCUCUCCCCACUGCCCUCCUCGCCUCACCUCUACCCGCCCUGCCUGUCCCCGUUGCUGCCCCACCUGCUGCAGCACGUAGCAUCGCUGCAGCGUGGCCGGCCUCUGGUGACGUGCGUGCAUGAGUGGACUCGCAAGCCAUCUGGCUGUGGUGCACUGCACGUCCGCGUCCACGUGCAGGCAGCGCCUCCACUGCUGCUGCAGCUGCGUGGAUGCUCCUUUGGCCCCCGGCUGUCAUACAUCUGCCACGCCGCCCACAUGGCAGUCGCAACACACAGGCAAGGACGUGAUGGAGGGAGGAGAGGGUGGAGGAAAAGGGGGGGUGGGGGAGUGUAA